AUGACUUCACUGGAGCUUGAGUGCCGAUACGCCUACACCGACCCUCUGCCUCCCCCAGUGCAUACCUUCCCCACACUGCGCUCUCUCUCCAUCCUCUUCGUGCCCACGCACUACCGCUUCAUCUCCCUCUGCUCCUCCCUCACCUCGCUCACCCUCUUGCGCCCCUACCCCUUCGCCCUUGUCACCCUCGCAUCCCGCUCCUCCCCUCUGCGCCACUCCCUCGCCGCCCUCACCAUCCACAAUGCCAAACUCGGAGCCGUCCUCAAGCCCCUCACCGCCUUCCCUCGCCUCACCUCCCUCGCCUUCCACUCCUGCAGCAUUGACCCUUGCGACCUGCACACCUUCUCUCGCUCGCUCCACACGCUCACCCAUCUAGCCAUCCACGACUGCCUCAUGAUUCCCAGCCAAUCCCUUGCAGCACUCGCUGAAAGCAACCCCGCACUCGCCUCCCUCUCCUUGCACUCCACCUCCCACUUCCUCUUCAUCCCACAAGGCCUCCGGGAUUUGUUCCUCUCGUCCUCCUCCCGCCUGCACACCCUCACCCUCUCCGGGCUGCCCUCGUGCCGCCAGGGCAUGCUUGCACGCUGCAGCAGCCUGCAACGACUCACACUGAAAGGAAGGGGGGCGGAGAGGGAGAGUAUAUUGCUGUCCGAGUCACCGCAGAAGCCGUCUCUGGAUUGCAUUGUGGCCAUGCUGGUGCACGUUGAGCAGUGGGGGAUGCUUGACGGAGCACAGGGAAGGGAUGAUGGAGUGGAGAGAUGGGAAGGGGCGAUGGCUGUGGACAACCAAGGGGAAGGAAGCACCGCUGCUUCUCCUGCGGCAGCAUCAGAAGAAGAAGCAGGAGAUGAGUCAGACGCAAUGACAACCACAGAAGCAGAAGCAGCAGAGAACGGCGAGCCAGCGUUACCUGCAGCAGCUGCCACGACGGUGGUGGCAUGUGGGGGGAUGACGAGGGGCAGCAGCAGGCGGCGGUACGUGGACCUGCGCAGGGAAGCAGCAGCAGAGCGCGCUGAGUUUGUGGCAGCAAUGGACAACUGGAUGGCUUUUACCAAGAUGUCCAAGUGGAAGCUCAAAGAAGCCGCUAGAGAGGCGGUGCAGCACCGCCACAUGCACCAGGGGCUGGAGGCCCUCCAUUACAUCCAUCAGGCCGCCGUUCACGUGCGCUCCGCCAUCCUGCACUGCCGCUGCGUGCGGCUGGCUAAGGCCAAGAUGAGACGCAGGGGUGCACGCGACGGGGCAGUUGCAAAGGCUUGUCGUGCUGCUGAUGCUGCAGGCUUUUUCACUGCAGCUGCGGAGGACGAGGAAGUGGAGGUGGAGCCAGAGAGGGAGGAGGAGGGGAGGGGAGGGGAAGGGAUUGAAGCGGAGGAGGUGGUGCGAUACAUGCCCGAGGAUGACCUGGAAGAUGAUCUGGCGGCCGUGAGUGAGAAGCUGCUGGCAUGGGUGGCGGUGCCGCAGGCAGACGCACAGGAGCUGCUGCAUGCGUUGAUGGAGUCGCUAACCCUUGACACCAUUCGCUUCGUCUCCACUUGUGACCGUUCCGGGCUACCUUCCCUCCCCUCUGCCUGUUCCCUCAUGUGCCCCUCUCCCCCCACCACACCCUUCCCUUCUCUUCCUUCAUCGUCCUCCCCCUCCUCUAUCCCAAGGUUGAUCAGCGAACCACAGUCCUUUGAGUCGCUGGCACGAGCUGCUGCCUUGAGAAGGCUCAAGAGCUUGGCUAUCUUGAACUGCUGUGGGCUGGAGGAGGGGCAGCUGGUGACGCUGCUGCGAGCAUGCGGCAUGCUGGAGGAUCUGCGCGUGGAAGGCUGUUCCGGGUUCUCAGACACAGUGAUAGCAGGGAGUAAACUGGAGGCGUUAACUCGGUUGAGUGUGGUGGGGUGCAGUGAAAUCACUGCAGAUGCCAUUGGAAGGUUGCUGGGGAACAUGCCAAGGCUGCGAUAUUUGAAGGUGGAAGUGAAUAAGGUUUCUCAAAGGGCUCGGCGGGAGCUGCUUCGUGCAGGAGUGCUUGUUAGAGGAGUGUGA